AUGGUCGAAACUGCCCGACGAACCACUUGUCCUACCAACGAAGUCACAAAGAAAAUCUCAGACAAGUUAGAUACUUAUCCUACCGCGAAGUUGAAACCUGCGAAGAAGCAAAUUCGAACAAUCAUCUCCCGCUAG